AUUGGGUACUGGGGGGGGGGAGCGGGACUCAGUCACGAUUACGUUUGUGCAUAUAUUUAUUUAUUUUCUUUUUCCGAGUCAUUGCAAAACGCAUUCGCCUGAUAAUCCUUGUCCUGUAGCCGGCACCGAAAAGUGGUGUUUUUUUCUUUCUUUCCUCAACAUCCUAAUCUCCCAACUCGCGGCACGAUACCGCGCGGUUGCAGCACAUACAUCAAGCAGUCAGGCCCGUUUGUGAUUUCAUCGUCUCAUUUGCGUUAUAGCUGCCAACCGAAAGAGAAUGGAAAAGCCGGCCGCUGCCUCCGCCAUGGUCGAGCCAGUUAUUCGCCCGUUCGUCGUGCGGUUCUUGUACGGAUUGUUGGCCGGUUUUGUUACGGCCACGUUGAUCGUAGCGCUAAUGGCACGGCAGGGAAUCGCACCCUUUGAAACACAGCCUCUACCGCAACCGCUAGUAGCUCGAAUAAGUGAAGGGUACGGCGAUGAUUUCCCCCCGCUGAAGAAUGAUAAUUUGCUCCGGGCAGCCAGGGGCGAACCCGUCGAUCGUGUGCCCGUUUGGGUGAUGCGACAAGCCGGACGUUAUCUGCCCGAGUUUCAGGAGGUGCGAGCCAAACAUGACUUCUUCACCGUCUGCCGGACGCCGGAACUGGCUUGCGAAGUGACAAUGCAGCCGCUACGCCGGUUCGAUCUCGACGCGUCGAUCAUCUUCUCCGAUAUCCUGGUCAUCCCACAAGCGUUGGGCAUUACGGUCGAAAUGAAGCCGGGUGUUGGUCCGGUACUGCCCGAACCGCUCGUCGGUCCGGCCGAUCUCGAACGGCUCAACCAGACCGGCACCAUUGAGCGGCUGAAGUAUGUGGGUGAAGCGAUCACCAUGAUGCGCCGGAUGCUCGAGGGCAAGGUACCACUGUUCGGGUUCACCGGUGCACCCUGGACGCUGAUGGGCUACAUGAUCGAGGGAGGCGGCAGUAAAACCAUGUCGAAGGCGAAAGCAUGGCUUGCAGACUACCCGGAAGCCAGCCAGCAGUUGCUGGACAUUCUCACCGACCAGGUCGUCGAUUAUUUGGUCAUGCAGGUGAAAGCUGGCGCCCAGAUGCUGCAGGUGUUCGAGUCCAGUGCGGACCAUCUGAGCAAGGAACAGUUCCUCUCCGUUUCGUUACCCUGCCUGAAGCGCAUUCGGGUCGAUUUGCUGCGAAAACUAGCGGACGAACAAGUUCCCGCUGUGCCAAUGGUGCUUUUCGCGAAGGGAGCAAUGCACUCACUGGCGGAGCAAGCCCAAACCGGUUACGAGGUGAUCGGACUCGAUUGGACCAUCGAUCCGGAGGAGGCUCGCAAACAGGUCGGCCCGAAUGUGACGCUGCAGGGCAACCUGGACCCGCAGGAUAUGUACCAAACGCCCGAAAAGCUGCGUGAACUGGUGCUGACGAUGGUACGAAAGUUCGGCAAGCAUCGCUACAUCGCCAACCUGGGACAUGGGAUUACACCGCAAACACCUAUCGAAAGCAUGACCGUGCUGGUGCAGGCAGUCCACGAUGCAUUGUGAUAAGCGCGCGCAAACGUGGCGCAAACGCCAUCCCUCGUGCCGCCGCCAUUCAAAGACGGUGCUUUUAAAAAUGCAUGCAUUUUGAUCAGUUUUGCAUUUGCACACAAGCAUGAUGAAGACAACAAUUAUCAACGGGAGUUGCACAAUAAUAUCACUGCCUACUUUCACUAUCUACGCCACGCCACAAACCAACAGGUGGUGAUUGAGAAAUGGUAGUAGAGCUAGUUAGUAGCCAUCGUUAUCACUUCGAACGUAGCAAAGCUCGUUCGUAUGAAAAACAUGUGUAGAGGGCUCAUAUGUCUGGAUAAGGGAGUAAAUUUGCGUAUUGUUUUGUUAUUAUUGAUGAGGGAAGAGACAUUUUGUAAUGCCAAUAAAAUAGUCUACAGAUGUUAACUCAUCUUAGAAUACAAAAACACGCCAUCGUUUGUGCUCUUAAUCCAA